GACAAAACACGGAAGUGGGCGAAUCUGAGCAGUAAAACCUGCUAUGUCGCUUUUAGAGGGCGGUUUUACUGUUUUUGUUGUUUUGGUCGCGUUAAUUGCAGCGGUUUUACACUACAUGGAGAAUUCAACUGGAGAAUACGUGACGUAUAAAGGGAUGGAUGCGGCUGCAUUAGAAGAAAACUUCAGGCAAAAGAAUAAAAGUUGUUUUAUUCUUGGUGCUUCUGGAGAGACAGGGAAAGCACUGUUAAAGGAAAUUGUACAGUGCAAUAUUUUCACCAAAAUUACUCUGAUCGGGCGAAGAAAGCUGAGCUUUGAGGAUAAAACGUAUGACAAAGUGGUGCAAGAAGUGGUGGACUUUGAGAAGCUGGAUGAAUAUGCCCAAGCGUUUCAGGGUCACGACGUUGGGUACUGCUGCCUCGGAACAACCAAAGCCAAAGCAGGAACCGAGGGAUUUAUCCGUGUCGAUCACGACUACGUACUGAAAUCAGCAGAACUAGCCAAAGCCGGGGGUUGCACACACUUCCAUCUGGAGUCAUCUAAAGGAGCUGACAAAACAAGCAGUUUCCUUUAUCUAAAAACCAAGGGCCAAGUUGAAGCAGAUAUAGAGGAGCUGAGCUUUGAGCGAUACUCCAUCUACAGACCGGCAGUGCUGUUGGUGAACAGAGAGGAGAGUAGACCAGCUGAAUGGAUGGCACGAAGGUUUCUCGGAGCGUUCUCCUCCGUGUUCCCCACAGCGAUGUCCAUCCCCAUCACCACUGUGGCUCGAGCCAUGCUGAUCAACACACUCAUCAAAGGAGAGCGAAAAACCGAGAUCCUCGAAAACAAAGCCAUUUACAACCUCGGCAAGAUUGAGGAAAAGCGUUAAGAUGUGGAUUGUUCGAGUCUUGUGUAACAAGUGCUUUAAUUUCUUCCUCCGUUAAGGGACAUUUUUUCAUUUGGUGAUUUCCUGUCUAGAGACUUUAAUCUCACUUGCAUAAAAAACAUAAGGGAUUUUCUGUUCAUCUGUGAGCAUUUAACAGCUUUAAGUUUUCCUAAAGGCUGCUCUUCAGUCCUAAACCUGAAACGGUCUGUUUUGUGCACUACUAUACUAUAUGAUUUAAUUUAAUUUUAUACAUUUUAUUUUCUGGAGAUGAAUGGAAUUAUUUCCUUGAAUAUUAAUUAAAGUUAUCUGAGUGAAUUGUAGAAUAGUCACUUAUCAAAACACCUGCAUUUUUUAAUUUAUUUUUUACAGGUCUUUAUUAUUAUUUCUUUAUCAAAAAAUAAACAUAUUAAUAUCACAUUUUUGUUAGUUCUUAGAUGCUGCACUCACUACUUUGCCGUUCAUAACCAAUUGAUCAAGUAACCUGAAAUCCCGACACGGUGUAAUAUAAUGACGGACAUGAUGACGAAGCAAAUAGAACUCUGCUACAAAACCAUGAUGAUGCCACCCCAUGAUUCACAGUUAGGAUAAGCUUCUUAUGUUGUCUUAUUUCCAGCAGAUACAAUAUUUCUUGUUUAAAUAAAAAGGUUUUAUUCGGAA